AAGAUCGCGCUCAAUAGUCAAGUCUAUUUUAAAAUAUUGUGUAAAUAAGGCAAAUCGUUUUUUUUUUUUUUAAUUAAUUCAAAACACAAGUUCUAAUCAACAAAAUAUUUAUACAUACACACUUCUGAAACUGCAAUUAAAGAGCAUCAGAAAGAAAAAUGUCAUUCAAUUUUGAAAAAAACAGCAACCAUAGCAGCAAUGGUAAUCAAAACAAAGAUGAAGGAACUGUUCAUUUAAAUAACGAAAAUCUGAAAUUAUUGAAAGAAGAUGUACUUUAUCAUUUAGCACUUGGAACGGCUACUCAUGAUCUAAAAACUAUGUUUGGAGAUGUUAAGUAUGUUUGCAUGGGUGGUACAACAAAUCGAAUGAAAAAUUUUGCUGAAUUUAUUACAAAAGAAUUACAAUUUAAUUUCCCAGUUGGAACUCAAUUAUUAGAUUUAUGUGAAAAAGGUAAUAGAUUUGCAAUGUAUAAAGUUGGACCAGUUUUAUCUGUUUCACAUGGCAUGGGAAUGCCUUCAUUAAGUAUUUUAUUACAUGAAAUGGCAAAACUAAUGCAUUAUGCUAAAUGUAUUGAUCCAGUUUUUAUUCGAAUUGGUACAUCUGGUGGUAUUGGUGUACCUCCGGGAACAGUUGUUGUUACAAGUAAUCCAGUUAAUGGUUUUCUUAAAAAUGAACAUGAAUUUAUAAUAUUAGGUGAACGUGUUAUAAGACCAGCUAUUCUUGAUUACAAUUUAUCGCAAAGUUUAAUUGCAUGUUCAGAUAAACAUGAUAAUUUUGAAGUUAUAGCUGGAAAAACUAUGGCAACUGAUGAUUUUUAUGAAGGUCAAGGACGUACAGAUGGUGCUGUAUGUUGGCAUAAUGAAGAACAAAAAUUUAAAUUUUUAAAACGUGCUUAUAAUAUUGGGGUUCGUAAUAUUGAAAUGGAAUCAACUGUUUUUGGUGCAUUAACACAUAGCACUGGAAUAAGAGCAGCCGAUGUUUGUGUUACAAUUAUAGAUCGGUUGGAAGGUGAUCAAGUUACGACAACUAAAGAAGAUAAAAAUCAAUUUGAAUUAAGACCCCAAACAAUUGUUGGACGAUAUAUUAAGAAAGACAUUGAAAGAUUAGGUCUUCUGAAACAAAAAUAGCUAAAAUUUGAAAUUUUUUUUCUGUAUUAUUAAAAUUUAAUUCAAUUUUAUUUUAACUUACCCAUUUUAAAGAUGCAAAUAAUUCAAAUAUAAUAUUAAUAAAGAAAUUAUUAAAAAAUAUUUUUGUUAA